AUGCAGAGAGUUAUCCAGCGGACAGCUUCAGCCCGGAAGCAGGCUCUCAGAAAAACCACCAAAGCUCAUGAACGACAAGAAUUGUUGGACCGUGUUGGGAUUCGGCGGGCGCGGAAGGACUUCGGCGGCGCACUGUCUACUCAAUUCCAAGCAGCACGAAAGAACCGCUGGGAGGAUUGGGAAAAGGGGCCUCUUGCCCCCAUGCGAGACUCUGGUCUGAGCCGCACUACAUAUGGUGGUCAGGAUGCUUCCGUUUUGCACCCGCCGCGCCUCCCUAAGCACGAACAACGGAGGCAUGUUCUCUUUGCCGAAGGUGACCGGGUCUGUGUUAUACGGGGACGGGACCAGGGAAAGAUCAAUGUGAUCCAACAGAUCAACCGGGACAGUGAGACUGUCCUUAUCAAGGGUAUCAAUAUGGCCGAUGUGAUCAUUCCUGGAUGGGCCAAAGACAGAUUGGGACACUCGGGUGAUACCCAACCACAGUCCUUCCCCGUGUCCUUCGACGACAUCCGACACGUCAUCCCGCUGGAAGACACAAAGACUGGAAAGUUGCAGAACGUCAUUGUGCAGCAUGCUUAUGCUGCCGGGCCGUACUUCCAGCGACCUGAACACAGCAAGCUCCCAGCAUUCACUCGCUAUGUCUCUGGCUUGGACGUCGAAAUCCCUUGGCCAAUGGAGGAAGAGCCUACCAUCACCGACGGUGACAUGGACACAACACGAAUGGCAGUUGAGAUCAGCACAUUCACCCCCACACUAGAGGAGCCACCUAUGCCCUCAACCGUCAUUGAUGAGCUGCGCAACAAAUACUCCAGGUUCCGCACUCGACACGAUCCGGAAUACCUGAGAGAGAAGAUGAAGGAGGACCUUCGCAAUGAAUACAGAAAGACUGUCUCCAUGAUGACACCGAAGACAGAUGCCAAAAACUUGAAGAUUGCUCAAAUUGCGGAAGCGAGGAAGGCAAAAGUGGACGCCAACGGGAAUGGGAUAUUGACACCGGGUGCCAUCAACUUCAUUAACGAACACAUCCGAAACGAACGGCUUCUCCAGAAGCCCAAGCAGCCCACAAAGUCCAAGAAGUCAAAGUCCAAGCAGGCUGCUUGA